UUGACAUUCAAAACAAUAUGAAGUAGUAAUUAUUUGCUCUUUGAAAACGUUGAUCAUUGAUUUGGAAAGGAAAAUAAAUAUUUUGUUGAAGAAAUAAUUAAGUGUUAUCAAAAUGGCUAGUAUACCGUUAAUGUAUGCGCAGGAGGACUGUGAAUUGGGAGAAAAGGGAAGCAUUGAGGAUGAUUUUGCAUAUCGCAACAAUGUUAUGAAUGCGGAUAAGGAUAUUCGUCUUGGCUUUAUUAGAAAAGUUUAUAGCUUGCUGACAGUACAAUUGUUGGUCACUGUCGCAAUUGCCUCCGUUUUUUUACUUGUUAAGCCAGUACAAGUAUUUAUACAUUCCAAUGAAUGGAUGGUACUAAUUGCAUUUAUUCUGAGUAUGGGGACACUACUUGCACUGAUUGUUAAACGUCGUGAAUAUCCUACAAACCUCUACCUCCUGGCUGGUUUUACUGUGGUGCAAGCAUACACUAUUGGUGUAGUGGUGUCAUACUUUGACACAUUCAUUGUCCUUCAAGCCCUGGGACUCACAUUCACUGUGGUUCUGGCUCUGACUUUAUUCACAUUCAAUACAAAGAGGGAUUUCUCUUUCGUCGGAUAUGGCCUCGUAGCCGGUCUCAGCGUGCUUAUUAUCGGAGGUAUUAUUCAAAUCUUCCUUCAAAGUUCUGCCUUCGAAAUCGCCCUUUCUUUCACCGGAGCUGUAUUCUUUGGACUUUUCCUUAUCUUUGACACUCAACAGCUUAUGACAACUCUAUCCCCAGAAGAAUAUAUCCUCGCCACUAUCAAUUUGUACAUGGAUAUACUAAACCUCUUUCUAUACAUUUUGCGUAUUUUAAACGAACUUAACCGUAACUGAACAGUAUUAAGUGUGAAUUCUGCUAUUGUAUAUAAGGCUAUAUUUUUCAGAUACUUCGAUAUUUUUGUGAAAUGGCUGUGAAUGCUAAAUUCCAAACGUUUUUAAAAAUUAUUUUAUUAUCCGACGUUCGUACGAUAAAUGCGCUCUUUAUUAACUACGGUAGCUUCUGCGUGCUGAAGUAGUUAUAUAUAAUUAAGACAUUGACAUAUAAAUUUGUAUCUUUGUAAAUUGUUGGCGUUUUGUUUCUACUAUUUAAAAAAAUGUUCUAACACCCAACAAAAUAAUAUAUUUUUUAUUAGAAAAUAAAGAAGCCCCUCUAUAAAUAGUUAAAUUUUCAGUUUUGAUGGUGGAUGUAGAACGAGGUCGGAUUCUGAAUUUUUGUUAUUUCAUAGCACAAUAUCUAUUACUUCAUCGUUAUAAACGUGAUUAUUUUAAUAAAUUGUUUGGAAAUCAAAAA